GGCAGCAGCUGAUCUGUGUGACCUCACACUGGACACGUUCAGACGACACUGAGCAUGAAAAUGUUGAGGGAAACAGAAGAUGCAACCAGUGACAGAAAGCUGAUAAAGUCUCAGGUGGAGAAACGCCGAAGGGAGAGAAUGAACCGCAGUCUGGAACGUCUGAGGAACAUGUUGAUUCAGGAAGCUCAAAUACUGGGCGGGACUCAGCACAGAGUGGAGAAAGCUGAGAUACUGGAGCACACAGUCCUCUUCCUGCAGGACACAGCCAGAAGAGACCAAACCAGGGCUGCAGGUGGGGGCCACAAACCGCCCUUCCAAGACGGCUUCUCCACCUGCCUGCAGAGAGCUGCCCAGUUCCUGGGACCUGACGGGAAAGGUCUGUGGCUGCGAGCAGCACUGAAUGCUACUUUUGCUGCUCGCUUUGCCCGUCCUGAUCCGGAUCCUGGUGUCAUCCAGUGGAGCGCUGAAGCCCACUCCUCCACCGCUCUGCUGCAUGUGAAGUCCUCCCAGUCCAUUCUGCAGCUACUGAGGCUAAAGACCCAGCGUAGACUGCAUGCACGUACCCUCAGUGUGAACAAUGUGCCUUAUCCUGUCCAGCUUCCAGUGCCACAGGGAGUCCCCAAACUUCCACAAAGUCCCCAGAGACAAGAUCAUCUUGAAACCAGCGUAGAAAGAAGAGCGACCAAGCAGAAUCAGUCCCAGAGCCCCUCAGUCAGCCAGACUUUGUGGAGGCCAUGGCCCUGAUCGCUGCAUUUGAAAAAUUAACUU